CCGCCCCGGGGCCGGCAGCUCCGCUGUCCCUGCCAGCGGGCCCGCGCCCCCUCGGCGGGGUCAGCUCGGGGGGCCGGACCCCGCUCUAGAUGGGAUAAGCUGUAAACAUGUUUAGCUUUGAAGGGGAUUUCAAAACAAGGCCCAAGGUGUCUCUCGGAGGAGCGAGUAGGAAGGAAGAAAAGGCUUCUCUCCUGCAUCGUACUCAGGAAGAAAGGAGAAAACGAGAGGAAGAAAGGCGAAGGCUGAAAAAUGCAAUAAUAAUCCAGUCAUUUGUAAGAGGGUACAGAGACAGAAAACAUCAGUACUCUAUCCAAAGAAGUGAAUUUGAUCGCUGUGCGACUUUGGCCCAAUCUGGAGGAAACUUUUCCACAGCAAAUGGAGCUAAUUUGGCUCUCUUAGUUCGUCAGUUACUCUUUUUCUAUAGACAGAAUGAGGAUUCUAAGCGUUUGGUAUGGAUGUGUCAGAAUUUAAUUAAGCAAAGUUCUCAGUUUGUUAAGCAAUUGGAUGGUCCAGACAGACUUACUUGCUUAUUCCAAAUAAAAAGACUGUUGGGGCUGUGUUGCAGGCUAUUGCAAAAUUGCAAUGAUGACAGUCUGAAUGUUGCACUUCCUAUGAGAAUGCUUGAGGUAUUUUCAUCUGAGAAUACGUAUUUGCCUGUUUUACAAGAUGUCAGCUAUGUGACAUCAUUAAUUGAACAAAUUUUGCACUACAUGAUUCAAAAAGGCUACUACAAGUCGCUUUAUUUGUUAAUUAACAAUAAGCUUCCCUCGAGUAUUGAGUAUUCUGAUGUUUCUCGAGUCCCUAUUGCAAAAAUACUUCUGGAGAAUGUUCUGAAGCCAUUGCACUUUACAUAUAGCUCCUGUCCAGAAGGUGCAAGGCAGCAGAUUUUUGCAGCCUUCACAGAGGAGUUUCUGGCAGCACCUUUUACAGACCAGAUAUUCCAUUUCAUCAUUCCAGCACUUGCUGAUGUGCAGACCAUUUUCCCUUACGAACUCUUUCUGAAUGCACUAUUAUUAGCAGAAAGGAGAAGUGAUGAAGCCCCGUGGCUUUUUUACUUUGUAUUAACAGUUGGAGAAACAUACUUGGGAUCCCUUUCAGAAGAAGGACUUCUUGUGUAUUUGAGGGUACUCCAGACUUACCUCUCUCAGCUGCCUGUGUCUGCUGCUGGUACAAAUUGUCCAGAUGCAAACAGUGAUUCUGAAGAUGAGGAUGAAGAGAUCAGUAAAAUGACAGCUGCACCAGGUGAUGGGAGAAUAUCAGUUCAGUACAUAACUGAGGAGUGUCUAAAAAAAUUGGAUACAAAGCAGCAGACGAAUACCCUACUGAAUAUGGUUUGGAGAGAUUCAGCAAGUGAAGAGGUCUUUACCCUGAUGGCAUCAAUCUGUCACACGCUAAUGGUACAACACCGAAUGAUGGUGCCAAAAGUCAGGCUUCUUUAUAGCUUAGCCUUUAAUGCCAGAUUCCUGAGGCAUCUUUGGUAUUUGAUAUCUUCAAUGACUACACGAAUGAUAACAGGGUCUAUGGUGCCACUUCUUCAAGUGAUUUCAAGAGGCUCUCCAAUGUCUUUAGAAGACUCUAGUCGAAUUAUCCCUCUCUUCUACCUUUUUAGUUCUUUGUUUAGUCAUUCACUUAUUUCUGUUCAUGAUAACGAAUUCUUUGGUGAUCCAAUAGAAGUUGCAGGUCAAAGACAAUCAUCAAUGAUGCCUUUUACACUAGAAGAGCUUGUAAUAUUAUCACGCUGCCUUCGAGAUGCGUGUUUAGGAAUCAUAAAGUUGGCUUACCCAGAAACAAAACCAGAGGUUCGUGAGGAAUAUAUUGCAGCAUUUAGAAGUGUAGGAGUAACAAAAAAUACAGAAAUGCAGCAAUGUAUACAGACGGAACAAAAAAGGUGGAUUCAGUUAUUCAAGGUCAUCACAAACCUAGUGAAAAUGUUGAAAUCUAGAGAUACAAGGAGAAAUUUCUGCCCACCAAAUCACUGGCUCUCGGAACAAGAAAACAUUAAAGCAGAUAAGGUUACACAGCUGUAUGUGCCAUCUGCCAGACAUGUCUGGAGAGUCAGAAGAAUGGGAAGAAUAGGACCAUUGCAGUCUACUUUGGAUGUGGGGUUGGAACCAGCACCUCUUUCUGUAUCUGAAGAACGACAACUUGCAAUUCUGACAGAGCUGCCUUUUGUAGUUCCGUUUGAAGAAAGAGUAAAGAUUUUUCAAAGACUGAUCUAUGCUGAUAAGCAAGAAGUUCAAGGAGAUGGGCCAUUUUUGGAUGGAAUUAAUGUCACUAUAAGGAGAAACUAUAUUUAUGAAGAUGCUUAUGAUAAACUUUCUCCUGAAAAUGAACCUGACCUAAAAAAGCGCAUUCGUGUUCACUUGCUUAAUGCACAUGGUCUUGAUGAAGCUGGUAUUGAUGGUGGUGGCAUUUUCAGAGAAUUCCUGAAUGAACUACUUAAAUCAGGAUUUAACCCCAACCAGGGAUUUUUUAAGACCACCAAUGAGGGACUUCUUUACCCAAACCCUGCUGCGCAGAUGCUUGUUGGAGACUCUUAUGCCCGACAUUACUACUUUCUUGGAAGAAUGCUUGGAAAGGCUCUUUAUGAAAAUAUGCUGGUGGAGCUGCCAUUUGCUAGUUUUUUCCUCUCAAAAUUGCUGGGGACAACUGCUGAUGUUGACAUUCAUCAUUUAGCUUCAUUAGAUCCAGAAAUGUACAAAAAUUUGCUUUUUCUCAAGAGCUAUGAAGGGGAUGUGGAAGAACUUGGACUGAACUUCACUGUGGUAAAUAAUGACCUUGGGGAAGCACAGGUGAUUGAACUGAAGCCAGGUGGAAAAGAUAUUCCUGUUACCAGCGCCAACCGAAUCGCAUACAUCCAUCUGGUGGCAGACUACAGGCUAAACAAACAAAUUCGACAGCAUUGCCUUGCUUUCCGUCAGGGACUGGCCAAUGUUGUGAAUCUUGAAUGGCUUCGAAUGUUUGAUCAACAGGAAAUACAGGUUCUGACUUCUGGUGCCCAGGUUCCUAUUAGUUUGGAUGAUCUCAAAUCAUUCACAAACUAUUCAGGUGGCUACACAGCAGACCAUCCUGUAAUUAAAAUAUUCUGGAGAGUUGUAGAAAGUUUCACUGAUGAGGAGAAACGCAAACUACUCAAGUUUGUAACAAGCUGCUCUCGACCGCCUCUUCUAGGAUUUAAGGAGUUAUACCCUGCAUUUUGCAUUCACAAUGGAGGAUCUGAUUUAGACAGGUUACCUACUGCCAGUACCUGCAUGAACUUGCUGAAGCUUCCCGAGUUUUAUGACGAAAAUCUGAUGCGAAGCAAACUCCUUUAUGCCAUUGAAUGUGCUGCUGGAUUUGAAUUAAGCUGAGUUGAACUGAUGCUUAUUUGGAUGAUCUCCUGAGGAACUAACCAGUGCCUACUCUAUAAGCAGCACCCAUACCCCACAGUUUUAAGGGAAUUCUGUCUAGAUUUCUGCAGCUCUUGUGUCUUAUCAAAUGCCCUCAAAUAAGUUUAAUUUUUAAACACAAUUUCUUAGUUAGCUUUCAUUAAUUAAUAUUACAUUGACACUGCUUUAUGAUUCAAAACAGUGAAUGCGGUGUGCAGUGUGGCUGUUUUCUGUGUUACGCGACGAAAGAGCACAUUUAAGGAACCGUGACAUCUCGGUGAAAUUAACCAAAGAUGAAGCUUUGGCUUUGUGCUGUUCAAACAGAUAAUUUCACAAACUGGCAAUAAAAUUGUGUACCAUGCAGCGCAAUGGGAUGAAACAUCCUGUAAUUUAUCUUUUAGAUGGAAGUGAAGCAGAUGUUUGCAGAUAUCCCAGAACUGAGAGGAUGGAAAUGCUCAUUACCGAUAACCUAAUAUCUUACAUUGUAGAAUUGUUUACAAAUCAUAGUUGUUGCAGAACUGAUGUUUUAUACUACCUGUUGUGGUUUAAGUCCAGCCGGUAACUCAGCAUCACACAGCUGUUUGCUCACACCCCCUGCCUCCUUUUUCCCCCCCUCUGGGUGGGAUGGGGAGGAGAAUUAAAAGAACGUAAA